AUGGCAUCUAGGCUACCACCAGCAUGUCUGCCUAGGAAGAGAGGCAGACAUGGAAAAGUGGCACUUCCAGUCGCAGGUGCAGAGGAGUCAUGUGGGGGAGGAGGGAGUGACGAACAUGAGGAGCAGACAAUAACAUGGCUGGAGGGUCACUCGUUGGCACAGACCGUCUUCACCUGCCUGUAUGUACAUAACCCCGACCUCAUUGAGGAGCCAGCACUCAAAGCCUUUGCCCUGGGUUUACUAAAAGUGUGUGACAUCGCACGAGAAAAAGUAAACAAGGCAGCUGUGUUUGAAGAGGAGGAUUUCCAGGCGAUGACUUAUGGGUUCAAGAUGGCCAAUAACAUCACUGACCUGCGGGUGACAGGCAUGCUCAAAGACGUGGAAGACGAGUUACAGAGGAAAGUCAAGAGCACACGCAGCGGCAAGGCGAGCAGAGAAACCCAGAAGUUGAGCUGGAA